CAGCCUCGACGAACUUCACAUACAUCUACAUCGCAGGAUGAUUCCCGGCCUCCACUGUCCGAACGGGACAGCAUAUUUGCAACCCAUUACACCAUUUCCACCCCAUCUCCCAUAACGUCACCGCCGGCAACUCCAGAGUAUCGCGCGCCGGGUGUGCGCUCACGGAAACCAACCCGCUGGCGAUCAGAAUAUCCGGUUCGGGACCAGGACACCAUGGCGAUGUCUUCCACUACUUCAAUGUUAUCACAUGUUCAUGCUAUAGAUUUCGCCGCCCUUCGCCAAAAGGACCUGCCGGAAUAUUCACAGGCGCACAGCCCGCUGCAAACACCUCGACCGAGACCUCACCGAUCCAAUAUUCGCUCGCAGCACCACCGACGAUCACUCUACGAUAUCCACGAUCUGAAAAACAUCACACCCUUGCCUGAAAACGCCAUUCAGCCGGCUUCAGCACUCCCUCAAGAGGAGGAGUUCAUACCAUCCACACCGUCUACGCCCCUUCCUCUCCCAAGAACUAUCGACGACAGCCAAGAUCUGGAGCGAAGCACAGAGAGGCAGAUAUACAGGUCAUGGAGACAGGGUCAGGCGAAAAUGAAUGGCUUGUCAAUAGCGCAAUCACAGCGGCCACCGGCCCAGGCCAAGGUCGGAAUGGACAAAAUAAUCGACGCCCAGCUACCGCUAGAACCUGUAUCAGCCAAUGUUCGUAGCCGUAAGGCUAGUCAUGCCAUCGGUCUCUUCCGAGAGAAUGAUGCAGCCCAAAGACGGCAGAAUGAGAAGAGGAGGGUCGAACCUAGCAAAGAAUACCGCGCGGAACACGUCUCGCAGCAAUCUCAACUGACCAAGGAGCUCGCAGCACAGGCAUUGGAAGCCUCCGAGCCACGUCGUCAGGCUACCGAUCCUGGAACGACAGAAGAUGGAAACAAUGUGACCGUGUCUAAAGAUUCCAUGGCGCAGAGCCUUUCUCUCGAACUUCUAGAAAAGGAGAUUAGCAACCAUCAGGAUCUCAAGCCAAGCAAUGUCCGCAAGACAUCGUAUCUGGUUGAGCCGAGCGUAUCUCACGAGCCAAAGCAAUCCGGCUCUGACAGUGCACAGCGUCCUUGCAAGUCGGAUGACGAUGAUUCAGAUCGAGAGCACAUUCUGUCCGCGACGUAUUUCCCUCAUACCGGUGUCAUUCUUGGCGAGUCACCCACCAGCGAAGAAACACUGGGACGCAAACCUGCAUCAGUUGAUCUCGAACACUCUCAGAAUCGGCUUCAAGCCGACGACGUACAAGUCGCACUGCAAUCUGACGGUUCGCGUAAUUACCUUCAUGGAGAUUUCCCUCGUCCAGCUUCUGAAGACAAAUCGUCGAUUUCCAAGGUGGCAAGUGAACCCUCAGACCUAGCAUACGAAUCCGAAUACGAGACAGAGUAUGGCUACGAGUCCUUGGCAUCUGAAGACGAAGAUAACGAAACGGACACCACACCCACAGCCACUCCCGUCAUACACGCUCAAACGAAAGGGGAUGGUUCACGAUCUGCGCCAGCCCCUAUUGGCGCUGUGGAGUUGAAGCCUUACAAGCAUCAAGUCGGUGGCCACACUGCUCUGUACAGAUUCUCACGCAGGGCUGUAUGCAAGCAGCUGAACAGCAAAGAGAAUAUGUUUUAUGAGACAGUAGAAAGACACCACCGUGAUCUACUCGGAUUCAUGCCACGAUACAUCGGUGUCCUAAACGUGACGUAUCGCAAGGACCAAAAGCGCCGGAAGCAACUCGCAUCAUCCGAUGGAGCCAACGCCACGGAGGAGACGAAUCAAAACGGCGCAGCAGCAGCUAACGACAAGUCUAAUCAUGGUACACCUGCCGUACAAGCAGAUCAGCCGCGCGUGAUCAGCCACUCACUCCAAGCGCCCGCUUUAGCCCCCCAAGUCAUCUUUGAGAACAAUCGGCAUCUCAUCCCCGACGACCUUUUCCGCAUUCCGCCUCGCUCCAUGACACCCGAUCCCCACCGAGUGAGACAAUCACCACCGAAGCGCGAGAACUACAGCGACGACGAAACGUCUAGCGGUCAUCCCGAUCGCCCUGCACUAAAGCCUACAUCGAGCUGGGGGUUUACCUCUGUCAACCGCAGGCUCCGCGACCACGUUCUUCGCGAGGUGUUUGCACCGCCCGUCAUCCAUCGUCAUGAUCGCCGCGAACGAGCAUAUCACGCACGAACGUUGCGUCCGACGCCAAAGUCGAUCCCGCAUCCUCUAACACGCAGAGAUACUUCGACCUCAUUGAAUGGUUGUCCUGACCUGGACGAGCCUCCGAGACUGGAACUCGAUGCAAGGCGGCAGGCAUUCCAUAACCAGCGGGAGAGGCGCAGACUCGACGAUGCUGAUCGUUCCGUCACCGACUUGGAUCAACUCCUUCAGGAGCGUUUGGCAUUCGAGGCUCAGAAUGGUCUUAGCAAGAGUGCUGAGGCAUCGGAAGUUGACCCAGCACCCAACGGAACGGAACGACACCGUCGACGGCGUCAUUCAGGUGGAGGUCUCCGAAGAGAGAUUCACGACAUCGAUGGCGCUCGAGGUGCUCUCGAGUUUCAUGAGGAUGAGGCAUAUACUGCUGAUGCUGAGGACGACGUCUUCGCAAUGGACGACGUGAUGAAGAAUGCCACGGACUCGAAGCAUGAUUCCAAGUUGCUCUCUGCGGACGCCGUUCCGCCACCAGCAAGUGCCGCAAGUGCUACAGAUGCCACCGAAAGUCCUUCCGACCUCAGCUUGGGCCAAACCUUUGGGGAGUUCGUGCCCCGAAACCCGGAGAUCUCACUUGUGCGACAAGAUGAGCGUGUGGAGCACUUCCUGCUGCUAGAAGAUCUUACCGCUGGCAUGCAACGUCCAUGCGUGCUUGACCUCAAAAUGGGCACGCGGCAAUACGGCGUUGAAGCAGACGAAAAGAAACAGGCUUCGCAACGUACCAAAUGUCGGACCACGACUUCGCACAAGCUCGGCGUGCGAGUUUGUGGUAUGCAAGUGUACAAUGUCAAGACUCAAUCUUACACCUUCGAGGACAAGUAUUUCGGCCGGGAUCUCAAAGCCGGACAAGAGUUCAAAGAUGCGCUGAAGCGCUUCUUCUUUGAUGGUAUCGGUCAUGCGCAAGCCCUGAAACACAUUGCAUCGGUUUUGGAAAAGAUCAAAACCUUGUACAGCAUCAUUCAGGAGUUGCCAGGCUACCGGCUCUACGCUAGCAGUCUCCUGCUGAUCUACGACCGUGGCGAUGCCGACGAAAACGGCAAGUUGCGCAGUAGCCCCAAUGGCGAGCACAAGCAGUCCUUGCCGUAUCCCGACAUCAAGCUGAAGAUUGUUGACUUCGCCAACUGCGUCACCGCCGAGGACGCCGAGGUCGUCAAAGCCAAAAAAUGUCCGCCGCGCCAUAUGGAUGCCGUCGACAGUGGCUAUCUUCGCGGUCUUCGAUCACUCCAUCUGUAUUUUCGCGGCAUCCGUCAGGAGCUCGUCGCCGCCCAACGACACGUCGAGCGUGGCGAGGGAGAGGGCAUGGCUAUGAGCUCGAGGAGUGUGUUCUCCGACACUGGCGAUAUGGAGCCUCUUGACGGAUCACACCUCGAUCCGGGAGAAAUCAGUCUGUGA